CGGUCUUCAUCCUCUCUAUAUUUCUUUCGUCAUUACAAAAUAACCAAUACAGUUUUUGGAUUGGAAGAAAGAAGAUAAAAUGGAGGAAGAACAAAUAAGAGUCGUAAAGAUAAUAGUUAUUGGAGUAAUAUUAUGGGGUGUGAGCUUUAUUCUCACCAGAAGAAUCUUCUCAAGCUACUCCUUCGACUUCAGCAACCGUCUUCUCUCAACUGUUCACGCGACAGUCGCUGUCACUUUAGCAACAUUCUCUGUUCAAGAUUGGUCUUGCCCUGUUUGUCCUCGUGCUUCUAAGCCGUCUCCCCAACAGAUGGAUACAAUGGCGUUUUCAUUGUCGUACAUGAUAUACGAUCUCAUAUGUUGUCAGUUCGAUCAAGUGAUCAGCAUGGACAAUGCGGUUCAUCAUUUUGUCAGCAUUCUUGGUUUUGUUGCUGGAUUUGCCUACCAAAAGUCUGGAUCUGAGAUCAUCGCUACACUGUGGAUAGCAGAGAUAUCGAGUCCUUUUUACCAUUUAAGGGAGAUUCUUAAAGAGAUUGGAUACAGAGACACCAGCGUCAAUCUGGCAGCCGAUGUGAGUAUUUGCUACACUUUUAAUUUUGUGUUCUUACAAUUUCUAAACAAUAAUUUAUUUAUUUUUUGAAAAAAUGUUAAAUUAAUUCAAACAAAAAAUACUGUUUACAACCAAGGUUUCUUGUUUUAAGCUCAAAAGAAAUUGAAACUUUGCUUUACAUUAGAAAAUAGGAUCAUCUAAAGGAGAACCAAGUUUCCAUGGCUCCCUGAUAAGCUGAGUUUGUUGGGGAAAGCGGACACGAGGCGCAUCGGAAUGUAGCAAUCGUGUUUCCCCUGACCUUGUGAGAAUCUGAGAGAAAAAUACUUCGACGAUAGCAGGAUAUAAUAUAAGCAAUAACUAAAUGAGACAAACACUUUUUACGUGGAAAACCUCCUCGAUGUGAGAAGGAAAAACCACGGGACCGUAGUCUACUCAACAAUCCACUAUAUAAAUGUAUGUGAGUACAACCACGUCCUUCCUGUUCAACAACCUGAACAGAACAGAGACUCAAGCUACAAAGAGUCAUCUCCAACACAAGAACAACAACAACAAGAGAGCAACACAAAGCUUCAAAACCAGCAGAAACCAAACGACCUCAGCUCACAAGGAUUCUGGCAACCAGAGACUAAUCCCACCGUACAAAUCCAAGAUACACCAGUAAACAACACCUCUGCCAAAUUUCAGCUCAAUCCGAGAAGAUCUCACCGUCGGAUAUACCAAACACUCAAGACAGCACUGCUGAAGAACUGUGACGACCAGCUUCACUAAAACCCAGACAACAGAAGAUCCAACCGUUGAAAUCUAAAUCCCUUCGGUGAACCUUUAACUUACUGACUGAAGAAGCUUCCCAAAAAAUAUCAGCCCGAUCAGGAUCUGUUUGACCCUCCAAAUCUGUAUUGACAAACCCAGACGAAAUUCUGCCUCCUUCCCUCUUUUCUCUCUUUUGUCUUUUGAUUCUUGUAAGUCUCUACAUAAAAAAAUAGGUCAAGAGACUAUAUAUAUGUGUCUCACUAACCCUAAGAACCUCCAAGGCCCAAUACUAAUCUCAUGGACUAAUACCAAUUGCCCAACUUCCAAGUUUGGUUAUCACCAACCAAACCCAAUGGGUUUCCUCCAUCUAGAAGGAACCCAACAGAGUUGUGGCUAUGUCUGAUGCUUUAGAUACGAUUUCGAAUUUGUUUGUCGAUGAUUUUUGUAAGCCCUGACGCAGCCUUUGGGUCCUCUCCAAACCUCUUACAAUUCCGUUCUGCCCAAACUGCACAUAGAGUGGCUUGGAAAGCAUAUCGAAACAAGAACAGCUCCAGUUUGCUUCACCUUUUAGUGAGAAGGGGUAUAAUGUCAUCCCACACAUUGGUAUAAUCCAUCCUCAAAAGCUUUCUGGUGAGGAUCGUCCGCACCCCCCGAGUAUUUACACUGAAAAAACAGAUGGUUUCUUGUCUCAGGACAGUCCUUGCACAGCGGACACAUAACCGCAAUGCCACCAUUCCAUAGCGAUAUGCGAUCUCCAGUAGGCAGUCUAUCCAGGAUUGCGACCCAUGUGUGGAAGGAGAACCUUGGAGUGCUGUAGCGAAACCACACACCUUCGAACCAGUCAACCCGUGCCUGCAUCCCUCGCAAGAGCUUCCAAGUUUCUUUGGUAGUAAAGCUCAGUUUAUAAUCAUCACCACACUUCCAUAGUCUGAUAUCCUCUUCACUCUGCAACCCUCUGUGUUUAACCUUCAAAAUCUCCAGCUCGAUGAGAUUAAAAACCUCCACUCGGUGUCUUCUUCUCUUGUGCUUUGGAUUACUGUAGCAACUGUAUCAUGGAGUCGAAUACCCAUAUUCAUAGGUCCACCAGCUCAUGUUUUAUCCAUUAGACAUCCUAGUUCUGACCAGUCAUCAAACCAGAAAGACGUUGACAUGCCAUUCUUAACUUUCAUCUUCGAAAAUACAGCAGCAACUUCUCUGUACUUGAAUAGCUUCUUCCACAUCCACGAGCCAAGAGAACUACUAUCUUUUACUGUCCAGAAAGAUCCCUUGCGGAUUAGAUAACGUCUCACCCAUUUCACCCAAAGAGAAUUUUUUGAAGAUAGGAUACGCCAUACCAACUUCAGACAAGAGACCUGGUUUGCUUCCUCAAGAGACCGUAGUCCCAAGCCUCCUUCUUCUUUUGGCCUACAGUAAUCCUUCCAACUAACUUUUGCUUUAUUUGUAUUCAUAUCAGCUCCCGACCACAGAAACGCUGCGCAGAGACUGUCAAUCUCUUGAAUACACUUUCUUGGCAAUUUAAAUGCUGAUAUCCAAAAGUUUGUGAGACUGUGAAUAACAGAUCCAAUCAGCUGCAGUCUACCGGCAAAAGACAAAAAUCUGGCUGUCCAGGAACCAAUACGAGCUCUGAUCUUCUCAAUCAAAUGAGCAUAAUUUCUUACAGUCAUUUGUUUAGUUAACAGCGGCAACCCGAGGUAUAUCACUGGUAAGUCACCAUGGGCGAAAGCAAAAGUGUCAAGGAGCUCUUGCUUCUCAGUAUCUUGUACACCAGCGAGAAAGAUUGUUGUCUUUUCCACGCUGAUAUGUAAACCCGACAUCUCAACAAAAUGGUUGAAAAUAUUUAUAAUACCUUCAAUGGAUUGGCGCUUCCCAUCUGCAAAGCUGAGAUGUGUAAGCUUAAGUCCUUGGCAGUAAGGAUGGUAUCCAAAUCUCUUUUCUGCAGCACCUUUGUUAAGCAUUUUCGACAACACUUGCAUACAAAUAACAAACAGGUAUGGUGACAAAGAACAACCUUGUCUGAUUCCCCUUUUGCUAUUAAAAUAUCCGGCAAGCUCUCCAUUGACUUGCACCG